CCAGCACCAGUACCCGAAGCCUUCCCCCCCUCUAUCUCUCUAUCUCUUCCCCCUCUGAUAUAUCUCUCUUUCAGCCUCACAAAGCUGAAGGGGCGAGACCAGACUGACUAGGCUCAUCAAAAAUGUCUGAAACAAAAAAGGACACCUCAAUAAAGUUUGUUCAGUGUGUGGCUUCAUGCUCCAUAGCCUUGAAUCUGUUCCUCGCAUUGAACCUUUACCUGGGCAGCAGCGGCAAAGUUAUAAAUAACCAGCUCAGUUGGAGUAGACUAGCGGCGGAGGAGGCUGAACUGGCAGCUUCCAUGGACUGCUCAGGCCAUGGAAGGGCUUACUUGGACGGCUUCCCGAUCGAUGGGAAGCCUGUUUGCGAGUGCAACCUGUGUUAUGGAGGUCCUGAUUGUUCUGAGUUCUCACCCGACUGUCCUGCCAACGCCAGCGGGUAUAUCUCUGUAGCGCGUGUCAAAGUAAAAUUCCCAACAAUAAAUACAUACAUCUAUACAUGCCAACAGCGACCGGACAACGCUUUUUUUUCCAGUGGGGAUCCAUUGUUCUUGGAGCAAUUUUGGAGGGAGCAUGCAGCGGACAGCGGAAUCCUAGUGGCAGGGUGGCACCGGAUGAGUUAUUCCUUCAGUGACCAGACCUACAUCUCUCAGCAGCUCGACGCCCAUAUCAGGAAGCUUCACAACGUUGUCGGCAAUGCAGUCACUGAUGGCAAGUUCCUAGUCUUCGGUGCCGGUUCGACUCAGCUCCUCUACGCUGCCGUGCAUGCCCUUUCCCUUCCCCCCGAUAACACGUCCUCCUCAUCGUCCCCUGCCCAGGUUGUGGCCUCCAUCCCCUACUAUGCGUUGUAUGAAAUGCAAACGGAUUUUUUCGAUUCAAGGGAGUCUAACUUCCAAGGAGAUGCAGCCAUUUUGAUCAACAACUCUGAUGUCACCACGAACAUCAUCGAGUUCGUCACCUCUCCCAACAACCCGGACGGGCAGCUGAACAAGCCACUCCUUAAAGGCUCUAACGUGAAGACCAUUUACGAUCGGGCCUACUUCUGGCCACACUUCACUGCAAUUCCUAACCCACCAGCACACGAAGAUCUCACCAUCUUCACAAUCUCCAAGCUCACUGGUCAUGCCGGUAGCAGAUUCGGGUGGGCGUUAAUAAAAGAUGAACGAGUGUACGAGAGGAUGACAAGGUAUAUGCAAUUAAACUCCAUGGGUGUUUCAAGGGACACUCAACUGAGAGCUCUGAAGCUCCUGAAGGUAGUCCUUGAUGGCGGGGGCAGAGAAAUUUUCAAGUUCGGAUACGAGAAGAUGAAGAAACGCUGGGAAAGGCUGACAAACACGUUGUCCCUCUCGAAUCGGUUCUCCCUCCAAAAAGUCUCAUCUCAGGACUGCGCUUUUUUCCGGACACCGAGAGAACCUACUCCGGCUUAUGCAUGGGUGAAGUGUGAGAGGGAAGACGAUGAAGACUGCUUUGAGGUCAUGAAAUCAGCAAACAUUAUAGGACGAGCAGGCGCCGUUUUCAGGGCAGAUAAUCACUAUGUUCGACUCAGCCUCAUAAGGGGAGACGAUGAUUUCGAUAUUCUGAUCAAUAACCUGCACAAAUUAGUCUCGGAAGAAGGUGGGGUCUCAGAAACUAUGUGAAUAGAGAGGCAAGGAAAUCAACUGGCAGUUGAUUUGCCGCUGUACGCAUUGAAAUGGACCUGUGCUAAUUGAGGGAGGUCAUAUUUAUAGACCUGCCGUGUAAAGAAACAAUCAUUCUGAAUAAAUGAUGUAAUCUAUGUGGUAAAUUUGAAGGGGAAAAAAAAAAAAGAAAGAAAAAA